UCUGCUAUAAGACCUGACUGAGCACAGGGAGGCAGCUGCGUUUGCCAGUAGCUCCAAACAGCCUACAGUGCUGUUAUUGAAGCAACCUCAAUGAGUGUCCUGUAGCUAAAGCACUGAACCGGCCUGCAGCAUUUCUGCAUGGCAUAAUAACUGGUCAGUGCAUUAAGAUCACUCUUUACUAGUGAGAUUUUCUUUUCCUUUUUUUUGUUUCAAAGCCGGUUUUACACCAUGGUGCUCGGAAAGGUGAAGAACUUCUUCGUCAGCUAUGACUGUUUUAAUGACAGUAAUGUCCCCGUUUUUGCAAGUGGGGAUUAUGUCUCAGGAAGAGUGAUCAUCGAAGUCACCGGAGAAAUUCGUGUUAAAUCCUUGAACAUUCACGCCAAAGGACUGGCUAAAGUUCGUUGGACUGAAUCACGCAAUGCUGGAUCCAACACUGCUUACACACAAAAUUACACAGAAGAAGUGGAGUAUUUAAACCAUAGAGACAUCUUAAUUGGACAUUAUAGAGAUGAUGACAACUGUGAAGAGGGCUUCACUGUACUUCACUCAGGGCGCCAUGAGUAUCCUUUCAGCCUUGAACUCCCUCAGACGCCUCUGGCAACAUCGUUCGAAGGGAAGCAUGGCAGUGUGCGCUACUGGGUGAAAGCUGAAUUGCACCGACCCUGGCUCCUGCCCAUGAAAGUGAAGAAGGAGUUCACUGUCUUUGAGCACAUUGACAUCAACACUCCCCUGUUGCUGUCACCCCAGGCUGGCACAAAAGAAAAAACACUUUGCUGCUGGUUCUGCACCUCAGGGCCUGUUUCACUAAGUGCUAAAAUUGAGAGAAAAGGCUACACUCCAGGAGAAUCCAUUCAGAUCUUUGCUGAGAUUGAGAAUUGCUCCUCCCGAGUGGUUGUGCCAAAAGCAGCCAUCUACCAAACACAAACCUUCUAUGCCAAAGGGAAGAUAAAGGAGAUCAAACAGCUUAUUGCUAACCUCCGUGGAGAUCCUCUACCAUCCGGCAGAACUGAAACUUGGGAUGGCAAGAUGUUGAAAAUUCCUCCUGUCUCCCCUUCUAUCCUAGUCUGUGGUAUUAUCCGUGUGGAAUAUUCCCUUAUGGUGUAUGUGGACAUCCCUCGUGCUGUGAAUCUGUCUCUAAACCUACCCCUGGUAAUUGGCACCAUACCACUACACCCUUUUGGCAGUCGCACAUCUUCUGUCAGCAGCCAGUGCAGCAUGGCCAUGAGCUGGCUGGGAAUGGCCUUGCCUGAGAGGCCUGAAGCCCCACCAAACUAUUCUGAAGUUGUCACAGACGAGCAACGUCAGAACAAUUUUGAGCUCCCUGCAGUGAGAGAUGAACUGGAGGGAUCACUGUUUGCUUACAUUCAGGAGUUCCGCUUCCAGCCUCCUCCCCUGUACUCUGAGAUUGAUCCCAAUCCAGAGCAGGCAACCGUCACUCAGGACAGAAGAUCUGAUGCCUUUCCAUCUCGCUGAAGGAAGAACAGAGCCUGACCAGUGAUGUCAGGGGUUUCAUAUCUGUUGAGCUUAAACCCACUACUGGGGUUUGUUCUUCCACAAAGAGACAUGAGGAACCAGACUGCUUUGUGCUGUAGAAGUUUGCCUUCAAGGAGAUAUGGCAAAGUGUGCCCUCCUGGUUGUGAGGUUGCCCCUCUGAUCAAAUAAAGCUGAGUGACCUACAAAACCUGCUGGAGAUCUCAAGUAAUCCUCUCAUCCAUCCAUGGUGAUUGGGCACCAAAUGCAAGUUGAAAGUGUAAAGCUGAGCCCAUUAAAUCAGAAUGGACUGAAAGAAAAUCCACAGCGCUCUGGAUCAGUGGCCCAAAGUAUCAGGUCUUGAUUCUCAUUAUUUGCUGUUUGAAUGUAAUUUCCAAAUCAGCAUGGUGAAGUAUCAGUGCCUGUAUAUACUGGAACAAGACUACCGGCAUUAUACCAUAUAACUUUGUUACUAAAAGCCAUAAGUAGUGCUGUACAGAAAAGCAGAAGGUGUUAUGGAGACGAUUAGGUCUGUACAGGUCUAUUCAGUGGCAAGAUGAAUGAGUGGCAGCAUUACAUCUUUUUGAGUUUGAGUUAUGAGGCAGAGUUUGUAAAUGGUAUCCUGAUGUUCACUUUUCAAAAACUGGUGAGGUUCCUUGACAAAACAAAAUCUGCUGUAUGUGGUGAGAUUAGUUCUGGCAUGCUUGUAAGUACAGGACAUGCACUGAACAACAGUAGAUCACCUACUGCCUAUGAAGGGCUUACUUUUAGACGGUUUGCUUGUUAGCCAAACAGUCUCUUAGUCUGUCUCUCCGAGUCAUGUGACUCUGCUCUACUUGAAGUGGUGAACAAAUAUCACCAGAAAGACUAAAGAGGGUGUACAGAGAUGCAAGAGGAAUUACAUUCCUUCCCCCCCUUUCUUUCAUAUACAACUCCAACUGUUCUUGGCAUAACAGUCAAUGGAGCUGACCUCAGACCUCUUUUGUCAGUUUAAGUAAUACGAAUUAAAUGAGUGUCACAUUUGUUUUCAAACUCAUUUAAUCUUGAUGAUGGCCUGUGACAGCAUGACCACGUUGGCCUAAUAAUUAUUAGCACUUUUCAUUGAGGAACUGCUGAAGUCUGAAGAAUAGCAUAUAGCUGACCUUAGCAAAUAUGAUGCCAGAGCAAGCAGAAAAAGUUGGACAAAUCAUUCGCUAAGAAGUGUGCAGGUGUAGUGCAUAUUAACAGGUGCACUCAUGUUUCUUAUUUCUUUUGAGCGAUGGAACAUAGUUCUGUGGCCUUGGCACAAAUUAAUAUUAUUUUCUUUUUGCCUAUUGCAGUUUUCCUAAUCUUUCCAGAUUUAAGUUCAUGCUUUGUGUCUUGUGUUUGUAUUUAUCUGGUUGAAAGGGAAUAUCCUGUGUUAAGUGUAAAUGGAGACACUUGUGUCCUUUUUGUUAUGUUUGAUCAAAUGAGUUAGCAUAUACCAUUGUAUAGGAACUUCUCCUCUUAACAUUCUAUUAAAUACACUUCCAGGUAAUAAUGAAAUUCACUGCAAAAUAAUGAUGUAUAUGUAGUGCAUACAUGAAUCAAGAUGUGCAUUUCAGUCUGGCAGGUGCAUAGCUAUUGAACCAGACUUCCAUCUGUUUUACCUCAUGUUCCAUUUCAGGGGCUGAAAGGUCUAAACUGAUUUAAGCUUCUCCUAAAAUUAGAAAUUUAAAAAGGUGCAAUAUAUUUUGUUUGUUAUGCAUGUGUGUCUUUUUAUAGAUUUGUAUCUUUCGCAUGUUGCUUACUUUUGUAUCAUGAUUUUGUAGGUUAUGUAUAUUACACCACAGUGAAUGUUUGUCUUCAUCUGUUAAAUAAAUAAGCCUUUUUGUAUUCAG